AUACAAAAGGAUUGCAAUUGGACGUUUUUCUUCCUUAUAAAUUGCAACAACUUUGCAUCCAAUCUAAAACUCCCAGAAAGAAGAACGACCAAACGUAGCCAUAUAUGAAGAAAAAGAUUGUGAUAAAUGUGCCCAUGCACUGUGACAAGGCUAAGUCAAAGGCCAUGAAGAUUGCUGUGGCUGUACAAGGAGUGGCGUCAGUGAGUAUCGGAGCAAAUGAUAAGCUUGAGGUGGUAGGAGAAGAGGUGGAUUCAGUGUGUUUGGUCAACUGUCUGAGGAAAAAAUUUUGUUUUGCAGAUAUCAUAAGCGUAGCAGAAGCCAAACCACAACCUCCCAAACCGCCGACGCCAACGCCAACGCCGUGCCAGCCUCCGCCAUACUGCCACCCACUUUAUUUAGAAUGCGAAUACGAUCCCCCUCCUCCCAAUUGCUCCAUAAUGUGAAUUCAUUUUUAUAUUCAUAAUGUCAUGUAUUUUGGUUGACCAGCUGAAUAUUAAUUUUCUUUGUCUUUA